ACCCGGAAGUGAAGCGGCUCCGCGACGGAGCGGCAGUGCGCGCGGCAGGGGCCUGAGUAUCCCCGCUUUCUCGGGAAGAAACCACCGCGUCGGGUCAGCGCUGCGGGUGAGGCAGGCUCCAGCCACUGGCCUGGUUGACCAUGGCCCUUUCUGUGGAGACCGAGUCGCACAUCUACCGAGCUCUGCGCACUGCCUCUGGGGCUGCUGCCCACCUUGUGGCCCUGGGCUUUACCAUCUUUGUGGCUGUGCUUGCCAGGCCUGGCUCCAGUCUCUUCUCCUGGCACCCCGCGCUUAUGUCUCUGGCUUUCUCUUUCCUGAUGACCGAAGCACUGCUGGUGUUCUCUCCUGAGAGUUCGCUGCUGCGCUCCCUCUCACGGAAGGGCCGAGCACGCUGCCACUGGGUACUGCAGCUGGUUGCCCUGCUGUGUGCACUGCUGGGCCUAGGUCUUGUCAUCCUCCAUAAGGAACAGCUUGGCAAGGCCCACCUAGCCACGUGGCAUGGGCGGGCAGGGCUGAUAGCUGUGCUGUGGGCAGGGUUGCAGUGCUCAGGUGGAGUGGCACUCCUCUACCCUAAACUGCUGCCGCGCUGGCCCCUGGCUAAGCUCAAGCUAUACCAUGCCACUUCUGGGCUAGUGGGCUACCUUCUGGGUAGUGCCAGCCUCUUGCUGGGCAUGUGCUCGCUCUGGUUCACCGCCACAGUCACUGGUGGGGUCUGGUACCUUGCUGUGUUAUGCCCUGUCAUUACCAGUCUGGUCAUCAUGAGUCAGGUGAGCAAUGCCUACCUGUACCGCAAAAGGAUCCAGCCGUGAGCUCUUCCUAGCCUAGAAGCCUGGAUUUGUCCCUCAGUGUAGUAGUGGGGGCUGGGCCCUCCUGGACUCUUUCAGCUGACUAAGUCAUGACGACACCUCAGGCACUGGGGCAGUCUAGAGUAGGAGUCUUGUGUGUGACAUUUUUGCUUGCUCCUAUGGUGGAGUGCUUCCCCUUUUCUUCUGUCCUGUCCCAGAGGAGCUUAUAGAUGAUGUCUGGGUGAAGCUGGGGUUGCAAACCUGCUUCCCCAGGAACUCAACUCAUACGUGUACUGGUAUGUCCAGAAAUUACAGGAGAGAAAAAAACAAAAUAAAAAAGAAUGACUGAAAA